AUGUCACGUCCUUCUGAGGCACGACCUGUACGAGUAGCUAACUGCUCUGGCUACCAUGGCGACCCAGCGUUCGAAAUGUAUCGCCAGGCAACACUGGGUGAUGUUGACUUCAUCACUGGCGAUUAUCUUGCAGAGGUCAAUCUGGCCAAUAACGCACAAGCUUGGAGGAAUGGAAAGCAUCCGGGUUAUGAACCGACCGCCUGGGACGGCCUUCGACAGACGAUCGAUGUCAUUGCGCAAAAGGGCAUCCGAGUGGUGAUCAACGGGGGUGCUUUGGAUCCCAAAGCUCUUGCAAUAAAAGUGGAGGCAUUGGUUUCGGAAAAAAACCUCAAACUUCGCGUUGCCUAUCUCUCGGGGGAUGACCUCUAUCCAGCUCUUGGUCCCAAUAUGCCCACCACAAAAGAGAAACUACGUCACCUAGACUCCGUAAAUACCUCCACAGUUCCAGCUGAGCUCACUUAUGCGUUCCUCGACAACGGUGGGGUCCCAGUUCCCAUGGUCUCUGCACAUGCAUAUCUCGGAGCUCGAGGAAUUGUCGAUGGUCUCCGGCAAGGAGCUGACAUUAUCAUCUGUGGCCGAGUGGCCGAUGCCAGCCCCGUUAUUGCUGCCGCUUGGUUCUGGCAUGAUUGGUCUGACACAAAUUAUGAUGAGCUUGCGGGAUCCUUGAUCGCCGGUCACCUCAUUGAAUGCUCAGCUUACGUGACUGGUGGCAAUUUCGCCGGCUUCGAUAAGUAUGAGCUGGACAAUCUUGUUGCACCAGGCUUCCCGAUCGCCGAAAUCGCGACCAAUGGCUCAUGUGUGAUUGCUAAACAUCCCGGGACAGAUGGAUUCAUCAACGUGGAUACCAUUCGCUGUCAGUUCUUAUACGAAUUACAGGGAAAUACGUACCUCAACAGCGACGUUAGCGCCCAUAUCGCCGAUGUGCGCGUUGAAAAAGUUGGAGAAGAUCGCGUAUCUGUAUCUGGCAUUAGAGGAUCACCGCCACCGUCAACCACAAAAUGCGCAGUCUUUUAUCAAGGAGGAUAUGAGGCCCAGCUCCUCCUCAAUGCGACUGGAUAUGGUACUGCCAAGAAGUGGGAUCUUCUGGAAAGGCAACUCCGUCACUUUAUUCCAGUAGAAACUAUGAACGAUCUCGAAACAUUGGAAUUCCAAAGAGUUGGAGUUCCUGCUCAAAACCCAUGCUCUCAGUUGGAGAGCACGACCUAUCUCCGAGUUUUCAUUACUUCUCGGAAUGAGAAAACCGUAGCUGUGGUGGCAAAGGCAAUGGGAAAUAUCUCUCUGAAACAUUUCUCUGGUUUCCAUGCGUCAUUGGAUAUGCGAACCGCCAUUCCACGACCUUUCCUUGCAUACUAUCCUGCCAUGAUCAAGCAAUCGGAUAUCAAUGAGACAAUUAACUUCAUUGACGGAUUCGAUAAGAUCCCUUCGUUCGGAACUGGGCACCCACCCCGAUACGAAGAACUCGGCAUCCGAGAUAACUAUGACCCCAAGAAUCCACAAAUGUACACUUGCAACACUAGACAGAUGCGCCUGGGGGAUAUCGCGCUCGGUCGGUCAGGUGACAAGGGAGGGAAUCUUAACGUGGGUUUCUUUCCUACGAAUCCCGCCCAUUGGCCCUGGCUUCAAGGUUACCUGACUAGGGAGCGUAUGCGCCAGCUCCUUGGUAAAGACUGGCAUGAUAGCUUCUUCAUUGAGCGUGUUGAGUUUCCUCAUAUCCAUGCAGUGCACUUCGUUGUUUAUGGGGUUUUGGGCCGUGGUGUGAGCAGUUCUAGCCGCCUGGAUGGGUUUGGAAAAGGCUUCUUGGAUUAUGUCCGGGAUAAAUUUGUUGAGGUCCCUGUUGAUAUUCUCUAG